UGUCUGCCGACCCUACCGUCCACCGCAGUAUGCCACGGUGCAAGCAGUCAACCGCGGGAUAUACGAUGGUUAUUGCGAGGGUCUGCGUUAUUCGACGACUCAAGCCACUGGCCAAUAACGCCCGUGAUUAUCGGACACGCUGAAAAGGACCGGCGUCAGGGUAUGUAUGGAGUUCAGACCUCCUCCUGGCAACACGAGCUAGAGUCAUGGUCCACCGCGGAAGGCGGAGAAAGUGUGUGCACUGGCUUGCCCAUGAGGAACCAGCUAGCAUCGAUUCGUUUGAUGCUCCGGGUGGGUGGAUUCCGUAAAUGUCAGAAAUCAUGCCAUUUUUUGUGCGUUACUCGCGCAAUGGUCUCGUAUACUCUCCAAGUACGAAAUCCAUCAUCUUUGGCGUUCGCCGCAAGGACAUGGCUGACACGGUCAAAUAUUGAACUACCAUCUACGCCAGGUUGAACUGCUCAUCCAAAUCGUACUACGUACAUGCGUCUGAGUGUUGGUACCUGCAUUCAACUACCCGCAACAAAAGGGGAGAAACACAAAUUCCACGCCAUGUUGCCUCAAUGCAACACACUCGACUUGCUGGCCAUUUCCAACCUCUACUCACCCAAUUCAAUGAACCCCCACUGCACACCCGCCCGCCCGCGCGAUCCGCCGUCCCUUUCUCAUCCCCCAGUCCCCAGCCCCAAUUUCACUCAGACCCACAGUCCAAUCACAGCAGUCGAUCCACAUCCUACCAACCAACAGAUCAGAUCCUCCCCGAGCCUCCCUGUACAAACCCUUGAUCUAUAUCACAUCCAUGCUGUGUCUCAUCGUCAUAAUCUGUAUCGUCCAUGCGCAUCAGCACCAACUUGCACUUAUCAUCACGAGCGGGCCAUCACGAUUUCAACAAUUGUGAACAACUGACUAGUCUUGUGACAGAUAUCCACACUCGAACAAGGUGAAAGCCUACAAUGCAAAUUUGUUAAUAUAAUGUACUGUCCAAGCAUCAAGGAGCAGGCAACCAAGUAUGCUCCAACGCAUCUCGGCGACACCAAAAUAACAGCACAGAAAUUAACAAUGCUAAAAUUCGACCCACAAUCUUCUAGUGAUCGAAAAAUCUUUCUCGAAGCCGACUAACUAAUCGUCGUCUUACCGCCUCGGGCACUUGCAACCCACUCUCUAUCUAUAUCGGCCCUAUUUCAGAACCUUCUACGAAACACCCCUGAACGUUUUGUGACUGUACCUAAUCAUCUAAUCUCAAUAUCCACA